AUGGCGCCUUCCGCCGCCGGAGAUUCCGACCUGGUCACACUAUCCUUACACCAGUAUCUGGACCAUGAUCCACGACCUACGUUCGUUUUGGACAUCGGCAGCGCACCUGUCGCUGAUGAUGUUCCACUUCAAACGGCCUUCUGCAACAAGGCUCUUCUGGACGAUGAAGCACUCCUCCGAAGCAUCGUCGCUGCCGCUUCUUUAGAUUCAUCGGAAAGGACAAGCCGGAGACACCGCCACUUCCGUCGCUGGCUUUUCGACACGCGCCCGCCACCUCACCCGGAUCGCGCUAACGUUGAAUAUGGCGGCGUCUGCUGGUCAACAUAUGUGGUGGAAAGUCACUACAGAGUUGUCGCCGCUAAUGUCUGCCGACAUCAGUCAGAGACAACCUCUUCUUCACGAUCGACUCACUCGAGGACCCUCAGCAGUAGCAGCAUUUCUGGAGCAAGGCUAGCAUCUCACUCGCGCAACGCGCUCUAUGAUCCUAAACCACCACCAACGGUCGAGGACCAGAAGAUCGCAUUCGCGGACGACCAACUCCAAGCAUUGUCAGCAGACUGGACUGCCAAAAAGCCGAAGGGCAGACUGACGCAGCAUGAAGAGUUCGCUCGCAGCACAGACUGGGGCACUACGCCUCUCGGCUCCAUUUCUAGCUGGACCCCGGAGUUUCGUGACCUUGCCAACCUUGUCAUGCACAAUCCUCAUCCGUGCGCUCUCUUUUGGGGCCAGGAGCUCACCAUGUUGUACAACGAUGCCUACAGGAUAGAGGUAGCUGGUAACAAGCAUCCCGUUCUGAUGGGUUCGGGCUUCUUUGGGCCGUUUGGUGAGCUCUGGUCGGGCGUCAAAGCCUUGUUCGAAGAGUGUGCCCGGACCGGCCAAAGUAUACGCAAGGAGAACGAUCGGUUACUUAUCGAGAGGUAUGGCUAUCUCGAAGAGACCUUCUUCUCUUGGUCCUUUGUACCCAUGUACGACAAAGGUGCGCAUUUGUUGGGAUUCUACAAUGCACCCUUCGAGACGACAUACCAAACUGUCAGUAGUAGACGAAUGGAGACUCUGCAACGUCUGGGCGAAGAAGUUGCGGGGGCGAGGUCUGUCGGCCAAUUCUGGAAAGGCGUCAUUGCUGGACUCGAGAGCAAUCCAUACGACAUCGUUUUCGCAACAGUGUACUCGGUUGGGGAGCAUGAGGGAAGUGACUCAGCAUCGAACUCCUCAUCCAGUAACAUAAUAUCGAAGCGCGCUACGCUGCAGGGCACCAUAGGCGUUCCUGCGACACAUCCGGCGGCUAUAGCCAAGGUUGACUUCCAAAGUACAGAUGGUAUCAUACCUCAUCUACGGGACGCAGUAUUAGCUAACGCACCUAUCUUGCUACGAGAUGAGGACGACACGCUUCCUGAGGUGCUACUUGAAGGCAUACAGUAUGGCGGCUUUGAGAUCCCCUCGAAAGAGGUUCUGGUCAUUCCUGUGACUUCGACUAAUGGAGAGAACACACUUGGUAUCUUGACUAUCGGGCUGAACCCACGCAGGCAAUACGAUCAUGACUACCAGACCUUCAUCGCCAUGCUGAUUCGACAACUGACGACAACUCUAGCGUCUAUCAUGGCUUCGGAAGAUGAAGCCCGCAAAAAUCGCACUGCCGCUGAAGUCGCCGCGUUGCAGCAAGAGCGCUUGACAGAGGAGCUUGCUCUGCAGACAAGUCGUCAGAAACGCAUGACAGAGCUCUCGCCUUUGGGAAUGUUCCUCAUCUCUCCUGACGGAGUCCUCCUUGAGGCCAAUGACCGCUACUACGAGAUGACCAACAACGCGAAGGAACAGUCUUCUAUGUCAUUCAUGGAGACUGUACACGAGUCUAACAUGCCUCUAGCUAUACAGAUGUGGACAAGACUUACAGCCGAGCGAAGAGUUGUGUCAGAAGAAAUACUCAUGAAUCACAACUACAAUACUGAAAUCGACGAAACGACUGGAAAACCCAUAGAACCAUGGGUGCUUGCCUCCGCCCUGCCAGAAAUCGGACAGGACGGCGAGAUACGAAGUGUCAUGGGGUCAAUCACAGAUAUUAGCCAUCUUCACUUUGCUCGCAGACUUCAGGACCAGCGUCUACGCGAGGCAGAGGAGACUAAGAUUCAGCAGAACGCCUUCAUCGACAUCACAUCCCACGAGAUGAGGAACCCGCUAAGCGCUGUCCUGAUCUGCGCAGAAGACAUUCGAGAAUCUCUUCAGCAACACCACUUCGAGGAGCACUCUACAAAGGUUGUCACAGAAUGUAUUGAGGCAGCAAACACCAUAUCUCUGUGCGUACAGCAUCAGAAGUCCAUUGUUGAUGAUAUCCUCACAAUAUCAAAGUUGAAUUCGAAUUUGCUGGUUAUUUGUCCUCAACCCAUCCAACCGGUCAGCGUUAUACAGCAGGCCAUGAAUAUGUUCCGGAACGAGACGCAGUCCAAGCGGAUAGACCUGAGUCUACAUCUGCACCCCUCCAUGCGCGACUUGAACAUUGAUUGGGUGAUGCUUGAUCCCGGGCGGGUGCUGCAGAUGACUGUCAACCUGCUCACGAACGCCAUCAAGUUCACACAGCAAUCACGCCAGCGGUUCAUCUCUGUGUUUAUUGGCGCAUCCUUGAGUCCUCCUAUUCCUCAAACGAAAGGGUUUCACUAUGUGCCGGUCAGAGAGCCUAACUCGGCGCACGAUGUCACCGCGAGUCCGGAAUGGGGCAGUGGUAGCGAGCUGUUUAUACGGGUCAAAGUCACAGACUCUGGCUGUGGCCUUACGUCUGAGGAGAAGCAACGGCUGUUCGAGCGCUUUGCUCAGGCUUCGCCACGGACACAUGCUCAGUACGGCGGAAGCGGGCUCGGACUCUUCAUCUCUCGGCAACUUGCAGAGUUGCAUGGGGGGCAGAUAGGCGCCGCAUCAGAAGCGGGAGUUGGAAGCACAUUCGGCUUCUUCAUCCAAUGCCGACGGGCUGCUGACCCUAACGCAAGUGGCAGUGUUGGGGCUCCGAAGGUGGCUUUGUCUGCCUCAACAGAGCGCCCAGAUCCCGUCCCAGUGCAAGGUGACGACCCGCAACCGUCCAGCGGAGCGCGGCAGAAGGUCAACAUUAGCGAUUCGCAACUCACAACUCAUGCAGAGACCGUUCCAAUCACACCUGGUCCUGACCCGUCGUUACCACGAGCAUUCAUGAAGCCCAUCUCAGAGCAGGGUGGCGGUGGCAGCCCCGCCAAUGUGGUCAACCCAUCAAGGAAAAUCCAUGUACUGAUUGUGGAAGACAACCUCGUAAACCAACGCAUCGUACGCAAACAGCUCGAGAAGGCCGGGUGUAUCGUCAGCACGGCGGACAAUGGCGUGCUCGCCCUCGAGUAUCUUAAGACCACGGAUUUGUACACAUCAUCGUCCUCUACUACAUCGGCCUCCCACAGAAGAGCGGCCUCGUCCACUUCGCCCUCUCACAGAAGAGCGGCAGCCUCGGCAGCGAAACCACUACCGACGACUCUCACGAAACCAGCCACAACAGCAACAUCGUCAUCUCGACCUAACUCUUCUUCACCAGCUCCGAUCAACAUCAUCCUCAUGGACCUCGAAAUGCCAGAGAUGGGCGGUUUGGAAUGCGUCACGCAUAUCCGUCGCUUAGAGGCGGAAGGCGUAAUCAAACGGCAUAUUCCCGUCGUGGCGGUGACAGCAAAUGUCCGGCCAGAGCAGAUGAUGGAUGCACGCAAGGUGGGGAUGGAUGAUAUAGUCAGCAAGCCGUUCAGGAUAAAAGAAUUGGUGCAGAGGAUUGAGGGGUGGGUCGGUGUCGGGAUAGAGACAGGUGGCGGUGGAGGCUGA